UCUGCGGGCGGGCUGCUGAUUGGUCAGCGCUCCAUAACCCGCCGCAGCGCACCGCCUCGCAACCAUUCGACCGCUUGUUCAAUACACCGUGCAUUCGCAUUGUGCUCUGAAGAAAACUGGCAGGAUUUCACCAAUGCAGAGAAUCUGACCGAAAAGGUUCACGUACAGCCUAAAAGUGGGAUCUGGAAAGAAAACAAACACCCUCGUAUGCAAAGAACAUAUCUCGGCUUUCUGUGACCUACAGACAGAGAGACGUCCUGCAGCACCUGAACUGAGAAGCAUCUCUGUCCACUCCACCCUAUAUGCUUUAUUAAUGAAGUCAGAACAGACGCAAUGCAGUGAUGACCCACAGCGACAGAAGGUCAAUCAUUGGAAAAUGGAUGCAAAUCUCAGCACAAUUGGAAGAGUAUAGAAACUUCUAGUAACUGAACAGUGGUUCUCAAUUGUUUUGACUCAAAAGCUUCUCAUUGUCCAACACAGUUUUCAUUGCCUAAGAAAGAAUGCUUCUGAACUAAACUAAACCAGCACUGACAUCAAGAGAUGGAUGGUUUGUGCUCAGCUGAACGAUGCUUUUCAAAUAACUACACGUGAUUGGCCCCGUGGGCUGAGCGCGUGUGAUUGACAGGUGAUCCAGCCACUGACGAGAUGCCAUCAAAGGUGUCAUGCCUGUAUUUGCUGACUGUGGUCUGCUGGGCCAGUGCGCUGUGGUAUCUCAGUGGCUCUCGGCCCUCAACCACCUACGUGGGUCAGAUGACCUUCACCCCUCGCAAACCGCUGCCGAGGCUCUCGAAGAAUGACACGUUCAGCAAUAUCCGAACGCGUGCUCUAAACCCGCACAAUUUCAAGUUCCUCAUCAACGAGCCCAACAAAUGUGAAAGCACAACGCCCUUCCUUGUUCUCCUCAUAAGCACCAACCACAAGGAGUUUGACGCCCGCCAGGCGAUCCGGGAGACGUGGGGAGAUGAGAACACGUUCGGCGACAUUCGCAUUUUGACACUGUUCCUUCUUGGGUACAGCACUGAGCCUGUCCUCAACCAGAUGGUGGAACAAGAGAGCCAGAUCUUCCAUGACAUCCUAGUCGAGGACUUUGUGGAUUCCUACCACAAUUUGACCCUGAAGACUCUCAUGGGCAUGCGAUGGGUGUCCUUGUUCUGCCCUAACGCCCAGUACAUCAUGAAAACAGACAGUGAUAUAUUUGUUAACAUGGACAAUUUAGUGUUUAACCUUCUGAGACCCAACUCCAAACCAAGGCGACGCUUUUUCACAGGUCAUGUGAUAAACGGAGGACCCAUACGUGAUGUCCACAGCAAGUGGUUCAUGCCCAGAGAGCUGUACCCUGAUAGCAGGUACCCGCCCUUUUGCUCUGGCACUGGAUACAUCUUCUCUGGAGACGUUGCAGAGCUGGUUUAUAAGACCUCCCUUCAUACAAGACUCCUACAUCUAGAGGAUGUGUAUGUGGGACUGUGCCUGCGGAAACUGGGCAUUCAGCCUUUCCAGAACAGUGGAUUCAAUCACUGGAAAAUGACCUACAGUCUCUGCCGCUACCGAAAAGUCUUGACUGUACAUCAGAUCUCACCAGAGGAGAUACUGAGAAUAUGGAACGAUAUGUCCAACAAGAAACAUCUCAAAUGCUAGCGUUUUUGCUG